AUGAAAAACGCGCUACUGGUCCUCGCUGUAAUCCUCUUCUCUUCAGUUGUCGGUGACUCGCUCACCAAAAUCGGAGUCAACAAAUUGGCGGACGAGGAUGUGAUAAGCGAUGCGGAAGCAAAAUGGCGAUUGGAUGCGAUCCGGAAAUUGUGGACGGAAAGAAAGCGGAUGGGGCACACACCGCUUAUCAAAUAUCAACCACCCGGUUUUCCGAACACUAUAAUUUAUAUGAAAAAUGAGACAGCUACACCUACACGAACUUUAAAACAUCGAUUCGCGUGGGCUUUAUUAUUAUGGGCGAUAACUGAGGGAAAAGUGACUUCUAAAACAUCAGCAGUCUAUGAUUCGACAUCUGGAAAUACAGGAUCAGCUGAAGCUUAUAUGUGCACCCUGGUAAAUGUUCCAUACAUUGCUGUAGUUGCAGACAAUUUAGAGCCCGAAAAAGUCAAGCAAAUCGAAAGUUUUGGCGGAAAACUGAAGAAGGUUCCAGUCUCCCAAAGAAAUAAGGAGGCUCGUGAGACUGCUGAGAAGACUCAUGGAUUUUAUAUGAAUCAAUUUGGGAAUGCUGAAAAAGCUGAAGAGUUUCACGAAUCUGGAAACUUUCUUUAUGAAUCGACCAAUGUUUUUCAUGAGAUUUUAGUGCAACUCAAGCAACUCAACAAAAUCCCAACUGUUCCCGAUUAUUUUAUCCAUAAUGCCGGAACUGGUGGAACUAUAAGCUCCGUAGGCAGGUAUAUAGUUCGAUACGGCGCUCCAACUCGUGUAGUUCUCUCGGACUCUCAAUACUCCCUAUUCUACGACUAUGUUUUGAAAGGGAAAUUCACCAAUCAAACUGGCGCUGGAAUUUGGAAGGCUCCCGGAGUCGCCGGGAUUGGUUAUGGGUACGAUGUGAAGCCGGUGAUCUACGGGGAGACGACUAGUUUGACACGGAAUGUUAUUCAUGAGGCGGUGAAGAUGCCCGAUAUUGCGACUGUUGCGGCGACAAGGGUUUUGCAGGAGAAGGGUUACAAUUUUGGGCCAUCGACGGCGUUGAACUUUUUGGUGGCAUUGUUCAAAGCUUAUCAACAUAAGGCGAGGUGAGACCAUGAAUCCUACACUUUCCCAAUUUCUAGACAAUUUUUUUUCUAGCAAAUCCACUGAAAAUCAAACGAUCGCAACUCUUGGCAACGAUCCUGGCGACUACUACACAACAACAUAUUUGAACAACACUUGGGUAGAUCAAAAAUUCGCGGAUUUCGGAGGUGUUCAGGGAAUGAAUUGUUGGAAGACGCAGAUUCAAAACUCCAUUGACACUGGCUCCGAUUUCUACACAAAAGGUCUAACGCUAUGCCCAGGAGAAUAUUGA